UGUUUACAUCCGCUGGAUCCAACAUGGCGCCGGGCAGCUAGCAGCUAGCUCGUUAGCUCGUUCUGCACCAUGACGGAGGCGGCGGAGGAGCUGCGGCCCGUUCCCCGGGAGCGAGCCAUCCUGGAGAGCUUCUUCACGCAGCUCGGCAUGUUCUCCUUCGACAGGGCCAAGGACUACGUGGAGAAGGAGAAGGACAGCAGCCGCAGCGCCGGGGCCAUCGGGGCCGCGCUGCUCGCCGCGCUGGCCCACCUGGCCGCGGCGGAGAAGGCGUACCACAACAUGACAUUCCUCGGGCAGAAGAUCGGCGGCCAGAGCUUCUUCAGCCGCAAAGACUCCAUCCGGACCAUCUACACCUCCCUCUACAACGAGCUCAGGAAGGUGAUGACGACGGGGCGCCACGGCCAGCCGGGCUCCGCCUCCUACCUGGAGGACCUGCUGUCGCACCUGUCGGAGCAGCUCUGCCACUUCACCCAGGCCCGCAUGGAGAUGGCCGACCUGUACGAGAAGAUGCACUCGCUGGGCAGCCAGAAGAGCAUCAACUCUGAGGAGCUGGUCACCACGCUGGAGGCCGUCCUGCACAAAUACUGCUCCAAGUUCCACCACCCGAUCCUGGGCCGGGUGGAGGAGGGCUUCCAGACGGAGGUGGACGUGGUGACCCAGCUGCUGCGCUGCCAGGCUCAGGUGUCCGAGUGGCGCUUCCUUCCGGCGCUGCUCAGCCUGCACGCGGCCACCUCCAAGCUCACCGCGUGGGGCCAGCUGUUCCAGCGGCAGAAGGAGACCCGUAAGCAUCUGUUCGGCGGCCAGUCCCAGAAGGCCACGCAGCCGCCGCACCUGUACGCGUGGCUGCAGCGCUUCCAGGCCGCGCUCCUCGCCAAGUUCAGCUUCUACUUCCACGAGGCCCUGAGCCGGCAGGCGGUGCCGGCGGACAUGCGCGCCAUGACCGCGCGCACCGCUCCGGACUACCACGGCAAGAUCUGCUCGUUCGUCCGCAAACACGACGCCAGCAACGUGUCGCUGGUGUUCGACAACCGCGGCUCUGAGAGCUUCCAGGGCCACGGGUACCACCACCCGCACUCCUACCGCGAGGCCCCGAAGGGCGUGGAGCAGUUCCCCGCGGUGGUGUCGCUGCCGACGGGCGAGCGGCCGCUGACGCACUGGCCCAACGUCAUCAUGAUGAUGGGGGACCGCGCGGUGGAGCUCAACACCCUGGACAAGGUGGUGCACUUCUACGACGACAAGGUGCAGAGCACGUACUACCUGACGAGGCCCGAGCCGCACUUCACGCUCGUGGUCAUCUUCGACGGCAGGAAGUCCGAGAAGGACGCGCACAUCGCCGCGUUCCUGCAGGAGAUCUCCGGCUCUCUGCGGAACUCAAAGCCGUUCAGCAGCCUGAAGCCGGGCCGGGCUCCAAGGGCUCCAGCAACUGGACAACUGGACCUCCAACAACUGGACAACUGGACCUCCAGCAACUGGACCUCCAACAACUGGACCUCCAGCAACUGGACCUCCAACAACUGGACCUCCAACAACUGGAACUCUAAUAACUCGUCUGUUGCUCUCAUUUGGUCCUGGAGACUGGGCUGUAUAUAA